AUGUCAUUCAAGCCUGUCAAGAAGCUUGACUCAUCUCCUGAGUCAGGCUACACCUCGCCAGAAGAAGCUCAAUCUGAAUCACGAAAAUUCAAGAAAAACACUAUUCUACCACCGGAAAAGAUUGAUCCAAUGGUGGGAAAAUCAACACAGAAACAUACAGUUACAUUUUCUAUAAGUGAUCCGAAAAAGAGUGAACUUAAUCAUCGUUCAGCUCCAACUUCAAGAAUCCCACCACCUUCACAACAAAAUAAUUCCGAUCAGCAACCCACCACAAGUGCUACAAUACAAGCAAACACAAAAGUCAAUGUUGAUACCAGGAGCGUUGUGAUCAAUAGUACCAAUUGUCGUAGCGACAGCAUGGAGAGCACAAGCAGUGCUCAUCUCAAGCCUCAUACGGGGGGUGAUGUAAGAUGGGAUGCAAUUAAUUUGAUUGCUGCAAAAGGACCAAUAGGACUCAGUCAUUUUCGACUUCUGAAACGUCUAGGAUAUGGAGAUAUUGGGAGUGUUUAUCUCGUUGAACUUCGAGGAACAAAUACCUACUUCGCCAUGAAAGUAAUGGACAAAGCUUCUCUUGCGAGUAGAAACAAGUUGCUUCGAGCACAGACAGAGAGGGAGAUUCUUGGACUUCUUGAUCAUCCAUUCUUGCCUACUCUUUAUUCAUACUUUGAGACUGAUAAGUUUUACUGCUUGGUUAUGGAGUUUUGCAGUGGAGGCAAUCUUCAUUCCCUUAGACAGAAGCAACCUAAUAAGUAUUUUACAGAAGAAGCUGCAAGGUUUUAUGCAUCAGAAGUUUUACUAGCUCUGGAGUAUCUGCACAUGCUAGGAAUUGUAUAUAGAGAUCUAAAACCAGAAAAUGUACUAGUGAGAGAUGAAGGACAUAUCAUGCUCUCAGAUUUUGACUUAUCACUCCGAUGUUCCGUCAAUCCAACACUCGUCAAAUCUUCAUCUGUACACAUUAACAGUGGCAGCAACAGUGGUAGUAGUAGCAGUUCACUUGGCAUUUUAGAUGACGAAUAUGCUGUUCACGGUUGUAUUCAACCUUCUACGUUUUUCCCUCGUAUUUUGCCUUCUAAAAAGAAUCGUAAAUCUAAAUCAGAUUUCGGUCUCUUUGUUAAUGGCUCACUUCCUGAGUUAAUGGCUGAACCCACCAAUGUUCGUUCCAUGUCAUUUGUGGGAACGCACGAGUAUUUAGCCCCAGAAAUUAUUCGAGGAGAGGGACAUGGUAGUGCAGUUGAUUGGUGGACAUUUGGCAUAUUCUUGUACGAGUUACUGCAUGGAACAACUCCCUUCAAAGGUCAAGGUAACCGUGCUACGCUUUACAAUGUAGUAGGACAGCCACUGAGAUUUCCUGAAUCACCACAAGUGAGUUUUAUGGCUCGAGAUCUUAUACGAGGCCUUUUGGUGAAAGAACCACAGAAGAGAAUUGCUUAUAAAAGAGGUGCUACAGAAAUAAAACAACACCCUUUCUUUGAAGGAGUUAAUUGGGCUCUGGUUAGAAGUGCCAUGCCUCCCCACAUACCAGAUGUCGUUGACUUCUCACAGUUUGCUAGUAAAGAGCCUAUGUCUACAUCUUCGGCCGCGGCUGCAGCAGCCCCAGUGGCUGGUGGUGCUGGAACAAUUAAAAAGAUGCCAGAUUAUGCAGGAGAUGAUCAUAAAACCAACUCUUCUUCCACUGAAGAUCCUUCUUACAUAGAAUUUGAGUACUUUUAG